AAAAUCAUGUCCAUGUAAAAAAGAAAACGUUUUCUGCUCAACCAAAUGUCAUUCGAAGAGGGAGUGGCUGUUCAAACAUGCACUAAACUAAUUCAGAGACCCAUAUUGUGUGUAUUAAAUAAAGAUUAUAAAAUAAAAAAACAUUUGUUUGUACUUUAAAUAUUUCUUUUUUUACUACUUUCUAUUCAUCGGAACACUAUUUUAAUUUCGUCUGGACGAAAUUAAAAUUUUAAUUUUGACUAAGAACAUAUCGGACGAAAUUAUAAUUUCAAUUUCGUCUGGACAAAAUUAAAAUUUCAAUUUUGCCUGGGCAAAUUUAAAAUUGGGCUGAAUUUUAAUUUCGACCACAACAUAUAUAUAUAUAAAAUCUAUCGAAAAAUCAAUGAUCGAUUGUUUUUGAAAUCGAAUGAAAAUAAAUUUAAUAAAUUAUAAUAAAAUAUUUAAAUAUUGAUUGAAAUUAUUUGAAUAUAUAAUAUUAUUAUUUAUUUAUUGUUUUUAAUAAAGAAAUGAUGAUGUACCUGAUUGUUACAAUCGAGUUCGUUAUAUUCGAGAUGCUUGUAAAGUAUUAUGUGAUCUUUGGAAAACCGAUAAAGAUUUUUUAAAUAAAAGUAUUGAUAAUGAUGUAUCAAAAUCAUUCAAAGAAUUUCGUUUGAAUGAUGUUGCACGUUGUUAUCGUUUACCAUAUGGAACAAGUGGAGCUUCAUCGGUUUUAAAAAUCAAACAAUUGAUGUCACCUAUUCGUCAAACAAUGACUGAACUUCGAGAUAAUUAUGAAAAAGCUCAACAAAAAUUAGAAGCAGCUGAUGCCAAUUGGAAAAAAUUUCAAACACGAUCUGAUCGUUUAACAUUACCAAAUUUUGAUGAACGUUUACGUGAAUUAGAAGAUAUUCGUUGUGAAUGCGAACAAGCUCGAACAUUAUCACGUGAUAUAUAUGCAGCUGAAACAUAUAAAGUUGCUAGUGAAGAACAUUCAAUAACAAUUAAACUUUUUUAUCAAUAUUUAUAUGAAGAAAAUACAUUUUAUAAUCAUGUAUCGAAAUAUUUAUCAUCACGAAUACCUGAAAUUGAACAAAGAUUAGAAAAUGAUGAAUUAAUUCCAUCAUUUGGUUAUGAUCUUGCUAAACAUUGUUUAAAACGAAAUGAUACACUUAUUGCUUAUCCUAUUGAAAUAUGUAUUAGACUUUUAGAAAAUAGUUUAAAUGAACAAGGUCUUUUUCGUAUUGCACCAACAUAA